GUGGACUGCCCGAUGGAUCUCUGGUCUUAGUGAUCUCUCGGUGGCGGUUCCCCUCUCAACCAUGAAGCGUGGCUUUUUUGUAAGUGGAUGAGAACAAGACAGACCAUCCAUCCCGACUCAGCUGGUUCCAAGCCGGUCCCCGCCCUCCACUGGAGGCUCUGUUACCAUGGCAACUAGGUUAGGGCGGAAGUGGCUUAGAAGACUGACUCUCACUAAUCAGGUGACUCUCCAGACUUCUGCACGUGACACAGGAGCCCAGGCGCGCGCUCUACCUAAUCAAGACGCCGUCCCUCUUUCACCGACAACUGACAGUGCUCUAGAGCAAUGGCCUAUGAGGCUCCACUAAGAGACCCCACCUCUCAAUAGUGAAAGGACCAAUUAGGAUGAGGCAGAGAGAAGUAACGCCCCAGGUUUCGCCCGGGUUUGACAGACGCAAUUGAGGCCAUCCUAAGAGUCCCUCCGCCCCUAGCCAUUGCGGCCCGCGAUGGACGGACUCGCUGCCCAAUAGCACGUCCCUUGGCCGCCGCCGGGUCCCGCCCUCUCAGGAACGGAACCAAUGAGCACGCCAGCUCCCGGCGGGGUGGAGGGGUUGCACUGCGGUAAUAUGGCUCUUCCUUAGCCAGCGGCGGUGGCCAGUGCGGGCGCCGAGCUGCCGGGGCUCUCGGGUGGUCCGUUUCUAGGCUGCAAGGGCUCGGCGGAUAGCUGCUCCGGAGGCGGCGGCGGAUGCAGGAGGAGUGCCCGCCUGGCCGCUCGGCGGCCCAGGGGUCCAGAUGAGCUCCUGUGCCUCUCUCGGGGGCCCGGUGCCCCUGCCACCCCCGGGCCCGUCCGCCGCGCUGCCGUCCGGUGCCCCUGCGCGGGCCCUGCAUGUGGAGCUGCCGUCCCAGCAGCGCCGUCUUCGACAUCUCCGGAACAUUGCUGCUCGGAAUAUCGUCAAUAGAGAUGGCCACCAGCUCCUCGAUACCUACUUCACUCUUCAUUUGUGUGGUAAUGAAAAGACACACAAAGAAUUUUAUAGAAGUGAAGUGAUUAAGAAUUCCUUGAAUCCGACAUGGAGAAGUCUUGACUUUGGAAUAAUGCCGGACCGUCUGGAUACAUCAGUGUCCUGCUUUGUGGUGAAGAUUUGGGGUGGAAAGGAGGACGCCUAUCAGCUCCUGAUCGAGUGGAAAGUCUACUUGGAUGGGCUGAAGUACUUGGGUCAACAGAUUCAUGCCCGCAACCAAAACGAAAUCAUUUUUGGGCUAAAUGAUGGCUACUAUGGUGCUCCAUUCGAACAUAAGGGUCAUCCAAACGCACAGAAGACCAUCCUUCAGGUGGAUCAGAACUGUGUCCGCAAUUCUUACGACGUCUUCUCUUUGCUGCGGCUUCAUAGAGCCCAGUGUGCAAUUAAACAGACUCAGGUAACUGUUCAGAGAAUUGGAAAGGAAAUUGAAGAAAAACUAAGACUCACGUCGACAAGCAAUGAGCUGGUAGGUUUUUGUACAAGUACCUGUUCAAACUUCUUGUUUUCUUCAAAUGAUUAUCAUAUUAUUCUUAGAAAAAAGUCUCUAGACAGAAGCGCAUUUUCAACCGAGCACGGCAAGCUUCAGCACCAGAAGGAAUCCCUGAGCGAGCUGAGGAAGGAGUGCACUGCGAAACGAGAACUCUUUCUGAAGACUAAUGCUCAGUUGACAAUCCGCUGCAGGCAGUUACUCUCUGAGCUUUCCUACAUUUACCCUAUUGAUUUGAAUGAGCAUAAGGAUUAUUUUGUAUGUGGUGUCAAGUUGCCUAAUUCUGAGGACUUCCAAGCAAAAGAUGAUGGAAGCAUUGCCGUUGCCCUUGGUUACACUGCACAUUUGGUCUCCAUGAUUUCCUUUUUCCUACAAGUACCCCUCAGAUAUCCCAUAAUUCAUAAGGGGUCCAGAUCAACAAUCAAAGAUAAUAUCAAUGACAAGCUGACUGAAAAGGAGAGAGAGUUCCCGCUGUAUCCAAAGGGAGGGGAGAAGCUGCAGUUUGAUUAUGGUGUCUACCUUCUGAACAAGAACAUUGCCCAGCUGAGAUACCAGCAUGGCCUGGGGACUCCAGACUUGAGGCAAACCCUUCCUAACCUGAAAAACUUCAUGGAGCAUGGACUCAUGGUCAGGUGUGACAGGCAUCACACCUCCAGUGCCAUCCCUGUUCCAAAGAGACAAAGCUCCAUGUUUGGGGGUGCGGACGCAGGCUUCUCUGGAGGUAUCCCUUCACCAGACAAAGGACAUCGAAAACGGGCCAGCUCAGAGAAUGAGAGACUCCAAUACAAAAGCCCUCCUCCCAGCUACAAUUCAGCAUUGGUCCAGCCUGGGGUGGCCAUGCCCACCACGGGAGACUCUGAGAGGAAGGUCAUGCCACUGUCCUCCUCCCUGGACACCUCCCUGGACUUCUCCAAAGAAAAUAAGAAAAUAGGAGUCGACCUGGGCAACAGUGUAAGUGGAGACCAUGGAAAUUCGGACUCCAGCCAACAAGGGGAAGCCCCGCCUGGGCAGCUGGCAGCUGUGAAUGGCACUGCACUACCCAGCGAGCAGGCUGGCUCUGCCAGCGCCCUGCUGCCUGGCCAGUGCCAUCCGGUCCCCUCAGCUGAGCUCUGCUGCGCAGUGGAGCAAGCAGAGGAAAUCAUCGGGCUGGAAGCCACAGGCUUCACCUCAGGUGACCAGCUCGAAGCUCUCAGCUGCAUCCCAGUGGACAGCGCGGUGGCAGUGGAGUGUGAUGAGCAGGUGCUGGGAGAAUUUGAGGAGUUCUCUCGGAGGAUCUACGCCCUCAGCGAAAACGUGUCCAGCUUCCGCCGGCCGCGCAGGAGUUCCGACAAGUGAAGAGAGCGGGCAGACCAUAGGACCAGGCAGAGCCACUGCCUCCGACCAGGCCCAAGCUGCACUUAACCUUUUUAAUAAUCCUGACACAAAUGAGUAUCCGUGGAGGAGAUUCCUCAGAAAGGCUGACUUUGGGAUCAUUGGGUACCAGUGGGGCCAGUCCCUGAGAUUUGCUUUCCAGGCAAAGGUCACCCUCUUGCUUACAGCUCAAGUCAUCUUAUAGGCAUUCGUCUGCGCUUUAUUUACACUUGGGUGUUUUCCUCAGAAGGAAGAUGAUAAUAUAUAUGUAAUAGAACGAACUCACCUUUAGUUUCUCAAAAGCAUUUGCCCUCGCCAUUGUUUGUAAAACUUUGCAAAAUGGAAUAUUCAAAAAUAGCUUUCCACUACUUCCUGAGAGGUCUAUGGCCAUCCAUUAGGUUGAAUAAGAAGCAGAGUAGAGGGUCCUUGUCCGGGGCCCUCCACCCCAAGUACCACAGUCAGCCUGCAGACUCAAGAUGGGCCAUGCACCCCGCAAGCUGGGGCAGUACAUUCACUAGUCUGAAGCCAGUGGGCAAGCUGUUCCAUCUCGUCUAGUGUGCCAUACCCUGAUGAAAACUUUUCCUGUGGUGGAUCCCAGGGGACCCUCAGAAACCUCAAGGUCACCACAGUCAGGGGGCAGCCAGCUUCCUUUGGGGCCAAAGUUUUUAUGUGGGCAGAUGCUAUGGUCCAAACUUGGGCACACCUCUAGCAAUACACUCCCCAGAUAAAGACCCCUAAAUAUAAAUCCCAAGUUAACUUAUUACAUUUCAGUCAGAAGGAAGCCAUUAUAUACGACACAGGAUACAUAGUCAGGAUGGCCAGUUUGCAGACUGUGAGACAGUCGAGAGAGAGUUGGAUUAAGAGACUAGAUGAAGCAUAGACAGUGUGCAAUUUCAUGAUGUUAAAUUAUGUUUUUGAAAUCCAUUGUCAUUCUGCAUUCAGAUUUCAUUCACUGUCGCAUUAUACAGUAUGUACCCACAGACAUUGCCUCAGGGUUGCAAGCUCUUAAAAAUUUAUCCACAUAUCCAUGUAUUGUAUAGAAGAAUAAAAAUGGAAUUUACUUCACUUGA